CUUCAACUCGUAGAGCUUUUGGAUCAGAGAGUUCGCAUCAAAGUAUCCUUACGGUACAGAAAUAAUCUUCUUUAACCACCUCAUACAAAUCCGAAAGCAAUUUUCUACGCCAUGGGGUCUGCAUACAAUAUUCAAGAGCUCAUUGAAACAUAUAUCCAAAUACCCCUUCCCGAGCUUGCGGUCCAGGAGGUGAUCUCAAAAGCUCCAUUUGUAACAGUGCCGGGGCUGUUUAACUUGCGCGAUAUCAGCAAUGUUACUUCUGGUUCAUCACAAUUUCCUCCGAUUAUCCGCCCCGGCCUUAUUUAUCGCGCAGCAGCACCUCCUCCCACGGUCUCCGAGGAUGGCAAGACCGCGUUGACUAACCUCGGCAUCACGAAGCUUUAUGACUUGCGCCGGCCCGAUGAACGAGUCCACAGACCCAGUCCUAUUGUUGAUGGGAUUGAGGUCGUUUGGGUUCCAUACGCCGGAGAGGCACCCCGACCUGGGGAUGCACACCCUAAUAUGGAAAAGGGCAUAGAAUCCAUGAUCCACAUGUAUAUGGGGUACUUGGAGUUGCUUCUACCGCACUUUAAGUUGGUGUUCGAACAUAUUCGGGAUGCGCCGCAGAAGCCCCUUCUCUUUCAUUGUUCAGCUGGCAAGGACCGCACUGGUGUUCUUGCUGCUCUGAUCCAGCGUCUAGCAGGGAGCCCAGACGACGCCAUCAUCCAGGACUAUACUCUCACGCGCAUUGGGAUUGAACCCGGCCGUGAGUCACUAACGAAUACGAUUAAAGCCCUCUAUGGCACGUCCGCGAUUGAGAAUCCCAUGCAGCUAGUUUCUUGGGGUGUAAACGCCGCCACUAUGACUGGGUUCCUGAAGGCCGUCGACGACACGCAUGGUGGAGUAGAAGGAUAUCUCAAGGAGAACAUGGGCUUUUCUGACAAGGAUGUGCAAAUCAUGAUCCACAACCUGCGCCAGGACGCGACGAUUCAAUGACUGAUAUAUUCUUCUAAAUUUUUUUCUUUAGAUUCCUGUGAAUGCUAACGAAGCUACUUCUUGUUC